GGAGACCCCAGGCCCCAGGAAGGAGAGCCAGGACAGUACUGGUUCCCGGCUCCCCACACCGCCAUGGCUUUGCCGCUGAGGCCCCUGAGCCGGGGCUUGGCCAGCGCUGCCAAAGAAGGCCACGGAGGGACAGGAGCUCGCACCUGGCGCCUGCUGACCUUCGUGCUGGCGCUGCCGAGCGUGGCCCUCUGCACCCUCAACGCCUAUCUCCAUUCAGGCCACCGCCCGCGCCCCGAGUUCAUUGCUUACCCCCACCUCCGCAUCCGCACUAAGCGCUUCCCCUGGGGGGACGGCAACCACACUCUGUUCCACAAUUCCCACGUCAACCCUCUGCCCACUGGUUACGAAAGCUCCUGAGGCCCCUGACGCCCACGGGUGCAAUAAAGGUGUGAAGCUUCAA